AUGAAAGAUAUUUGUGUAAUUUUUCUAUUUGCUCUUAUAAUCAACGUUAUCAGUGCCGCACAUGUCCAAAUUGAUCGAAGUAAUUUGAAUCAAACAAGCAGUGAAGUUGACAAUGACGACAGCAUGAAUGAAGUUGAGAUGGAGUUCCUAAAGAAUAUCACAGCAAUUUUAAACGAGAGUGAAGGUCGUAGCAAGAAAGACAAAAAGAAAGUAAUAAAAGAAAUGCUUAAGAAGCCACAAAUUCCACCAGUCACUGGAGAUCCAGUUGAAGCUGUUACGUCUAGAAUUCCAUGUGAAUGCAAGAAUGGAAUCUGCAGUUGCUGCGUUGGUGGAUUUUUCUUUAGCAACAAAGGCUGCAUGAAGAUCAAAUAUAUCCCAGAAGACUUUGCAUUUGAGCUCAAAAUGAUGUUUAACGAACGUACACUUUACAAAAACAUAGUCAGUGGAAAGAAUCCACGUCCAAUUUGCAUCUCACCGCCUAGAUUCGGUGAAUUAGUGGAAAUGUGUGCUAAGUUCCACGACAUUUAUUUCAUUGGACGAAAUGUCCAUAUGUGCUUAGAUCUUAAUGUCAGUUUUGGUGACUAUGACUUGAUCGACAGACAAUUUAAUUGCAUGAAGUUCGGAUCUGAUGGAGUUGGACUUGUAUCACCUGAGGAUGGUGGUGGACAUCCAGGUUAUCCAGCUGUAAUAAAUCCUGGAACGGAUGCUGAAAUUGAUGCUGGUGGUGUUGACGAUAUCGAAGAAUAUGACGAGAUUGUUGGAUAA